AAGCUUGCUGCUGGUGUCGAGCCUGGCUAGGGGAGAGAACCCGUGGGAGAAUGUAGAAUACAUAUGACAAAAAAAGAAGUAAAGUUUGGGAUUGAUCAACACCUGGCCACGUGGAGGAAAGCACCUGAACAGGUAUCACCAGCAACUUGGCAACAUCUCUUCUCUCCCCUGGCUCUCCAGCGUGCAAGGACACCACCGUCAAAUAUAUCAUUUUUAGUCACCCAGUGCCUCUUUAUCUGAUAGAUCAUAUUUUUUGUCCUUCAUCUUCACCAGUGCAAAAAAAACAAACUAACACCAGCAAGACAGGAGAAAGACAAGUGAAGUGAUUUUUUCAAAGUUUUGAGCAAAGUGAAAUCCACUGCAGCUACCAAAGUUACCUGUUAAUACUGUAUUGAGUUUAGUGGCCCCGGGAAUCCAAGCUUAUCCAAGCUUCUGAUAAGUCUAAACCUCAAAACUCUUCAUCAGCAUUACUCAGUUCUCUCAUCAGGUCAGUACAUAUUAGAAAACUGUAAACACAUAGUUAGCACCACUAUGGCCUCCAUCACCCAGUCAUCCGAGCAUGAGAUCCCAGAUAAUCACAAAGAGAGCUGGCUGGCGCUACUUUCUGCUGCGGAAUCGUAUUGCCAAAAGUCGGGCUGCGACCUGGCCAUACUUACAGCGUGUAAGAAGUUCCGGUCAUUGGCUGGAGAUGGGACGAGGAAACGGGAGAGCGGCAGUGCUUUUCAGAAGGAGUGUGACUUCUCCUACAAUGUGUGGGGUCAAGGCUUUCUGGCAGAGUCGGCCCGCCGCUACAUGGACGACAUCGGCGUGCUGCACUCCACCACCAUGCUAACGACCCAAAAGCACACACGCCAGACGGGGAGAGAGGGAGGAACCAAGCUGGUGGUUGACCUGACCUCUGACCCCGGAAACAGAGGGAGCUUUACAGGCGACGGCGUGUUGGGCGGAGUCAGUCCCAAUAACAGACUGUAUUCCCAAAGCUACCCGUCCAUCUACAGCUCAGGAGCCAUGACCGGGCAGGGCGGCGUGCAGAACGGCAACGGAGAGGGGGAACGGGAGAAGCUGGCGCUGGAAGUCGAGGAGGGGAGACAAAGGUCUGGGAUCGUGGACUUGGAAGAAGAGUGUGAGGACGAGGAGGAGGAGGAGGAGGAGGACAUGGAUGAGAGGAGAGCCUAUGGGAACGAAAGUGCUGGUGUCUUCUCCAUGGACGAGGACUCUCUGUCUCGGGACUGCGAGCCGUUCUUUGAGUCCGACGGGGAGGAGGAGAGCACCGAUGGCUCUCUGAGCGAGGACGCUCCUCCACCGACACGUGGCAUGGCUAUGGGUCAGUCUGCGUUCUCGUCCCGUCACGCCCACCACAUGGCUAUGGCCCGCUCGCUGCCUGUAUCGGUGCCUGUGUGGGGCUGCAGAGGAGGCAGAGCUCAGGGAGAAGGCAACAGUGGAGAACGGGUGGGCGUUGCUGACCUGGAGCACAUCGCUGCCAGUAUGAAGGCCCUGCUGGCCCCCGGAGCGAGUGACGGGACUGAAAUGUUUGGGGCCCUGCCUCGGCCCCGUCUCAACACAGGGGACUUCUCCCUCAAACACUGAGAGAGAGAGAGAGAGAGAGAGAGAGAGAGAGAGGGAGAGAGAGGGAGAGGUGAAGGUGGUCAUGGCGGGAGGAGAGAUUGGCGGGCAGACGUGGCGUGCAGGAUGUGAAACAGUGUUACAGCUAGCUGCUCCGUUGAUUUCUCUCUAACCAAAAUUAACGGCACAUGCUUUGGAGAAAAAAAUUAUGUCGUGAACACUAAUAACAUUUUAAACACUAUACCCCCCCCUCCCCAAUCCCACUUUGUCACUACACAUGCCACAAUACCAGCUUCUUCAGAUCCCACAACACUACAUUAGGAUUGGACAUCAGGACGAGGGCGUAGCGCCCCACAGCACUGACGGGCAAGAAAGUUUGCCUUUUGUUGAAGGGAUGAGAGUUUGGGGAGCAGCCGUCUGUGCCCAGCUGAUCGUUGGCUCCAGUGCUGCAUGCUAACGCUCUAGCAGCAUUAUCAUGAUGUGUAGCAGCUAAAUGCUACGUUACUUUAAACCACACGUUAAGAGUAGCAGUGCAGUCACUCUGAAACGUGACAUAAAAUAAACUUCAAGGAACAGUUUUAUCAUUUUUUUCUUUCUAUGUGAGACGUUUGGAGCUAGAUCUAGGAGAUGUUUAGCUUAGCUUAGCUUAGCUUAGCACAGACAGGAAGCAAAGGGAAACAUCUAGCCUGGCUUUCUAUGAUGUUAGAAAUACACCUGCCAGCACCUCUAAAGCUGACUUAUUAUCAGGUGACAUCAUUUUUUGGUACACAAGCAGGAGUGUAAAAUAACAAGUUACGCUCUUUAACUUUUAUCUUGUCAGCGUGUGUGGUCCUGGGUGGUGUUUGCCCAAACAUACUUCUGCGUAACUAGCUAGUGUUUACAUUUCUGCAUGUGUACAGAUUAAACAGAAGACACAAAACUUGUUAAUUAGUGAACUUUAAAAGUUUUGGUAGUAUUUUUAAACUUCAGAGAGAGCCAGGACAGUGGUAUUCCCUGCUUCCUGUCUUAAUGCUAAGCUAAGCAUCUGCCCGCUCAUUUAGCACAGUAUAAAUGGAAGUUUUAGCAUUAGCACAGGAGCCAGCGAUCCCCCAGGGUCACAUGGGCGUCUCGCCUUCAUGCUCUUAUCAUAUACUGAGGAAAUUGACCAACAGGCUGGUUCUUUAUGUUGUCCAUCCCCCACAAAAAAACCCAACCUAUUCCUUAAAGGGUAGGAACCAGAGAACUGGUCGACUUAUCAUGAAGCUUGUGGCUUUUCAAAAAUGUGAGCGAGGACACCGGCACCUCCUCAUAACACGCAUUCUUCUACUUUUACUUUUGCCAACGAAUGACUGAUAGAAUGAUUGUAAUACAACACUGAGUUUAAGGUUUUUUGUUUUUUGUUGCUCCGUAUAACUUGUUGAAAUGAUUGAAUGCAUGAGAAAGUGACUGUGUGAGAGAGAUAAAGAGUGAUGGGUUGACUUGGCAGAAACAAAUGUCCAUCUCUGACAUUCUCAAAACAAAUAAAUGUUCCGUUAUGUACUAUUAUGUUUCAAAUAAAGGAGCAACA